AUGUGCGGACAAGAAAACAAAAAAAUGAGCAUUGAAGAAAUAGUUGACUCGUUAACUCAUGUGUGUAUGGACCUCCGUAAUAAAAUAAAAGACGCACGUGCUGACCAAGUGGAAAUAGAAAAAAUAAUCAUCAAGCAUAUUAAAGAAUGGUCGAGUGUUGAUAAUAAUUCUGUCAAUGAUUUUCAAAAAGGACUGGAGUGGUUUAAUGUUGGUGUGCACAGUGCAAAAUUUUCCAAUGAAAAAGACUCAGCAAAAAUCCAAUCAGCAGUCCAGAGGUACAACAUCAGCCACCCGGUGGUAAACGACGCCAAGCUGUCAAUGUGGAGAGACAUUGGCAUCAGCUGCUGGCCAAGUUUGGUAAUCCUCGGGCCAGAUGGCCAAGUGUUAUUCGUCCUGGUGGGUGAAGGUCACCGCAGGGAACUUUUGCUGUACACCCAGAUCGCGCUCAAGUACUUUAAGUCACUGAAAAAAAUCUCCAACCACGGACUCGAUCUGAAACCAGCGGCUCAUUUGUUGCCAGUGACUAGAGACCUUUUGCUAUUUCCUGGCAAGGUCCAGGUGCUAAGGGAUGAAAAGAUCCUCGUUUCAGACACCGGGAACAACCGAGUUCUGGUGCUAGAUUUUGACGGACAAGUUGAAGCUGUUGUUGGAGGAUACUCUAGGGGAUUCAAGGAUGGAAGUUUCAAAGAGGCGCGGUUCAACGCGCCUCAAGGAGUUUGUGCUCUAGAAGAUGAUAUUUUUGUCGCUGAUAAUGAAAAUCAUGCUAUCAGAGUGAUAAACCUAAAAGAUAAAACAGUGAAGACACUAGCAGGCAUUGGAACCCAAGGAAAUGAUUACGUAGGAGGAAAAACAGGUACAGAACAAGCUUUAUCUUCACCGUGGGACGUUGCAAUUUAUCAGCAUGCUCAAAAUAAUAAAUCAGUACCUGUUUUGUUGAUUGCAAUUGCGGGGACUCAUCAAAUAUGGGCAUAUUUUUUUGAAGACACAACCUGGUGGAAAAAUCGACAAUACAAAGCAAAGACUUGCUCAGCGAUAGUAGGAAGCGGCAAAGAAGAAAACAGAAAUAAUUCUUACCCGCAUGCUGCUGGUCUAGCACAGCCUUCUGGUCUAGCAGUCGCUCAGGGUAUCAAGGCACUUUUUUUUGCAGACAGUGAGUCUAGUUCGGUGAGACGAGUUCAUAUGCUGGAUGGAAAAGUCACUGGUGUUGUUGGAGCUGAUAAAAAUCCUAUGAACUUACACAAUUAUGGAGAUGUUGAUGGAUCAGGAUGUACGGCAAAACUUCAACAUCCUUUAGGAGUAACUUGGGACGAAGCCAGUAAUGUUGUCUGGGUUGCUGAUACUUAUAAUCAUAAAAUAAAAAAAAUUGAGAUUGAUGGAAAGUGUACUAGUUUUGACGAACCCAGUGGAUUAGCAGUCUCUAAAAAACACAACAGUAUUAUAAUUGCCGACACCAAUAAUCACUGUUUAAAAAUAAUUAAUAAAGAUGAUCAAACAAUCAAAACUAUUGACCUUAAGCUUCCAAAAAACGUGAGCCGUCCAGCGGACAAAAAAAUAAAUUUUGACAUCAAUAUUUCCAAAAAUUCAACAUUAAAAAUUUUACUGAUUCCAAAAUUCUCCAAAGAUUUAAAAUUAACUCCAGAAGCUCCUCAAAAAUGGGCUCUAAAAUACUUACUCACCUCCUGGACCGCUGAGAAAAUUUCUGGAGCUUUAGAUGAAGCCAUUUUAAUAAAAACUUCUGAAGACGUUGGGAAAUAUAAAUUCAGUGUUUUGUUGAAUUUAGUGGUGUGUAAAACUGAUGAGUGUAUUCCUAAAAAAUACCAAGUUAUUUUUAAUGUUGAUGUUGAUGAUAAUAGUAAGAGUUGUGACGUAGAAAUUUUAAAAGAAAUUGAAAUUAAUUAA